CUUGUUUUCUAAUCCGCCCCCAUGUACCGUCUAAGGAAAAAAAAAACGGUGCAGAAGGUGAUGCCUCUUGCGCGGAAUACAGAGAGAAAAGGAGGGGAGAGAGAGACAGAGACACAGAGAGAGAGAGAGAGAGAGAGAGAGAGAGAGAGAGGAGGGAGAGGCGGACAUUCUACAGGCUGCAAAGACACAAGAGAUAGUGAAUGGGUAGCAACACCCGUCGCCUGCAACCUUCCAGGCAAUUAAAAACGGCUUCCACUUCUCAAUUUUAUUUUCUUGCCAAUAACAGAAGAGGUUGGCACUGAAAGCGCUCUGAGACAGACAGAGACAAAGAGGAGAGGCGCAAGUUUUCAGGGCCUCAUUUCACCCAUCUAUCCAUUCAUCACCAUCAUCGUCAUCCACGGCGGUAGCAGCAGCAGCAGCAGCAGCAUCAUGAUUCCCCCAACGCUCUAAGUGAAUCUGGCAAUAUUAAAGCUGCGAACAAAAAAAAAACAACAAAACAAAACAAAAAACGAGGUCCAGCAGCAGCAGCAGCAGACGUGCGCACUACUAUCUCGCCGUGUUCUGGAGGUGGUAAAAGAGGAUCAUCCGAUGCCUGCGAGACGCCGGAUAAUCGUGGCGAGACAGAAGCACCGCAGAGAGAGAAAACUACAAUCGCGAUUGAUCCCUAAAAGCUCGAUGUGCCGCACGCACGCGAAACACACCUAAAAGCAAAAAAAAAAAAACCCUAAAAAAAACAAACAAAAAAACCCCCAAACCAACAAACUCCUCCCUCCAGUCUCUCGUCUUCUCUCUCCCUCCCCCUGGUCCUCUAUGCUCAGUUCGGUGUGUGUAUCCUCUUUUAAAGGGCGCAAGGGUGGGAACAAGUCGUCCAACAAAGCAUGUUACAGCGCAGACAUGACUUGUCCGUCGGAAAGCGAAAAAAUUGUGAUAAACUGUGGCGGGGUGCGGCACGAGACCUACCGGAGCACGCUUAAGACGCUGCCCGGUACGCGUCUGUCAUGGCUAACCGAACCGGACGCAUUUAGCAACUUCGACUACGACCCCAAAUUGGACGAAUUCUUUUUCGACCGCCACCCGUCUGUGUUCUCCUUCAUUCUCAACUACUACCGCACCGGCAAGCUGCAUUGCCCAAACGACGUGUGCGGACCCCUGUUCGAGGAGGAGCUCGCAUUCUGGGGUAUUGACGAGACAGAUGUCGAGGCGUGCUGUUGGAUGAACUAUCGGCAACACCGGGACGCCGAGGAGGCGCUGGAUAGCUUCGAGACCCCGGAGCCGGACGCACCUGAUGAUGACCCGGCGCUGGGUGGUGCGGACGGGGACUUGAAGAGACUGUGCAUGCAAGAGGACACGAGGAAGUCGGGUUGGUGGAAAACCUGGCAGCCUAAGAUUUGGGCGCUCUUUGAGGACCCGUAUUCAUCCAAAUACGCGCGGUACGUGGCGUUCGGCUCACUGUUCUUCAUCCUCAUUUCCAUCUCGACGUUCUGCAUGGAGACGCACGAGGCCUUCAACACCAUCCUCAACAAGACCGAGAACGUCACAGUGGGCAACACGACCCGUGAGGAGAUCGUCUUCGAGGUGGUGACCGACAGCUGGCUAACGUACGUGGAGGGAGUGUGCGUCAUCUGGUUCACCAUUGAAGUCCUGCUACGAGUCACGUUUUGUCCGGAUAAGUUAGAGUUUUUUAAAAGCACCCUUAACAUUAUUGACUUUGUCGCCAUUUUGCCCUUCUAUCUUGAGGUGGGUCUCAGUGGCCUGUCCUCAAAAGCUGCCAAGGAUGUCCUGGGGUUCCUUCGUGUCGUCCGAUUCGUCCGCAUCCUCCGAAUUUUCAAGCUCACGCGUCACUUUGUGGGUUUACGAGUCCUUGGCCACACACUUCGCGCCAGCACUAAUGAAUUUCUCCUGCUCAUCAUCUUCCUAGCCCUGGGUGUCCUCAUUUUUGCCACGAUGAUCUAUUACGCCGAGCGAAUCGGAGCGGACCCGGAUGACCCGACAGCCAGUGCCCACACAAACUUUAAGAACAUACCCAUUGGAUUUUGGUGGGCAGUUGUCACCAUGACAACACUGGGCUAUGGAGAUAUGUAUCCAGAGACGUGGUCAGGGAUGCUGGUGGGUGCACUCUGUGCCUUGGCUGGUGUACUGACCAUAGCUAUGCCUGUACCUGUUAUUGUCAACAACUUUGGCAUGUACUACUCCCUGGCCAUGGCUAAACAAAAGCUGCCCAAAAAGAAGAACAAACAUAUCCCCCGAGCGCCUCAGCCAGGAUCGCCCAACUACUGCAAACCAGAUGCCCUCGCGAUGGCCACGGCUUCGCCACAACGGCUCUUAGGAAAUGUUCUCGGUGGAGUGAUGGGUUCAGGAGGCUUAACAGGUGACUGCCCUCUGGCCCAAGAAGAAAUUAUAGAGAUUAACAGAGAUUCGAAGCAGAACGGUGACGCAGCCUCGGCCGCCCUGGCUAAUGAGGACUGCCCCACAAUAGACCAGGUGCUGAGCCCAGACGAGAGGAGCCCGAUCGGACGCGGGUCAACCCGGGAACGGUAUCAGCAGGACCGCGCCUGCUUUCUGCUCAACACCCGAGAGUUCCGCGCCACGGAUGGGAACGUUCGGAAAGUAGAGGCAGCAGCCCUGGCACCCAGCCCAGACUCCCCUCUGACUGAGGACUGGUAUAAGAUGGAAGGGUCUCUGCUACAGCAGGACCUCAAUGCAAACUCCACCUCCUCCUGGAUCAAACCAUAGAACAGAGUGUUGAGUUUCUAGCAUUCGCCUUCUCUCUAAUGACGAGUCGGUAAAGAGUAAACACAAAUUUGCAGAAGGAGCCACACAAGCGACAUUUUUGAUGCAGAUGGACACUUUAAAGAGGAAUCUCUGGAGUGACAAGAGAGAGCCAGACCAGAGGUUAAUCACGAAUUUCACAAAUUAUACGUCCUGCUCUUAAUAUUGGUACCAAAGCAACUUCUCGAAACUCUGAACACACUUCUGACAGUUUUUUUUUUUUCAACUUUUUUUUUCUCAAAAUGACUGAGGGUUGCACUGACACACUACGGGAGAAGGAACUCCCGAUUACACAUUACAGACGACAUCUCAUUGUGUUAUCUUCACCGUCUUUUACAAAGACCAACUCCUAAUUGACAGUAUUAAACCGCGGAAAGAAUCACAAUGAUCGGAUAAACAUAGUAGCGACUUUGCUAACGGCUUGUAGCAUUUGACUCAAUUCAUCCUCUGUCCACAGACAGAGGAAUUUAUGCAUUCCGUGGAUCUUAUAGAUGUCAUUUUUUUUUCUAUUGGGUUUCCGUCCAGUGGAGAACAGGACAGGGCAUUCGUCUUGGCCAUCAAAAAAAAAACAACAAAAAAAACUGCAUAUCUGAAAUGCAUCACAAAUGUACAACAUCCAUGCUACGGUGGCUCGCUAUUAUUUUAAGCACUUGUACAGCAGGCUUGCCACUUAAACUAUGUCUUCCAUUCAUCUUAUCAGACUGAAACACUGCCCUUUCCUCCAGUACAGAAGAAAGACACUAAAGCACAUGUAGCAUCAGCUCAACUCAAUCAAAACAAAACACAAAAAAAAAAAAAAAAAAAA